AUGCGAAGAUUUUGCGCGUUGAUUUCGCGCACGAAACGGUCUUCGGACGAGAUCAAUUUCCUGCGGAAAAGCGUAGCAUUAGGAAGCGCCUCUUCCGCGCAAACGACGUCCUCGGAAACGACGAAAGCAUCGUUUUCAACCACCAAUACUCCUGCCGUGGAUGAGAAUCUCGUCCCAGUGUUCGUCGACGGCAGAGAAGUGCACGUACAAAAAGGCGUGACGGUACUCCAAGCGUGCGAACACGCCGGUGUGCACGUCCCACGGUUUUGCUACCAUCCGCGGUUGUCCAUCGCGGGGAAUUGCAGAAUGUGCCUGGUAGAGGUGGAAAAAUCACCGAAACCAGUCGCCUCGUGCGCCAUGCCAGUGAUGCCGAACAUGAACAUCAAGACGACGACGGAUUUGGUGAAGAAAGCGAGGGAAGGCGUGAUGGAGUUUUUGUUAAUCAACCACCCGCUGGAUUGCCCGAUUUGCGACCAAGGCGGCGAGUGCGAGUUGCAAGACCAAUCGAUGAUUUUUGGCUCGGAUAGAAGUCGGUUUACGGAAGGGAAACGAGCGGUGGAAGAUAAAGAGUUAGGGCCGCUCGUGAAGACGGUGAUGACGAGGUGCAUUCACUGCACGAGGUGCGUGAGAUUCGCGACGGAAGUCGCCGGCGUGCAAGAGUUAGGGGUGACGGGAAGAGGAGGUCAAGCGGAAAUCGGAACGUACGUGAGUAAGUUGUUGAGUUCCGAGUUGAGCGGGAACGUGAUUGAUUUGUGCCCGGUUGGCGCGUUGACCUCGAAACCGUUCGCGUUUACCGCGAGAAGUUGGGAGUUGAAACCAACCGAGACGAUCGACGUGUUGGACGGGUUAGGAAGCUCCAUUCGCGUGGACUCGAAAGGUACGGAAGUCAUGAGAAUCACGCCCAGGUUGCACGAAGGCGUAAACGAGGAAUGGAUUUCGGACAAAGCGAGAUUUUCCUACGACGGUCUGAAAAGGCAAAGAUUAGAUGCCCCGUACGCGAAGAACCCGAAAACGAACAAAUUGGAAAAAGUCACCUGGGAAACCGCGUUGGAAAUUGUCGGCGAACAGUUGAGCAAGGCGGACCCGAGAAAUUUGAGAGCGGUAGCCGGUAAGCUCGCGGAUUGCGAGAGUAUCGUCGCUUUGAAAGAUGUCAUGACGUCGUUAGGAUGCGUGAACUUUGAAGUGGAAGGCGUAAACGCAGACGCGGUGAAUGUUGAUUCGAGAUCGAACUACAUCAUGAACUCGAACAUCGUAGGCGUGGAAGACGCCGACGUCGUCUUGAUGGUGGGCGCGGACGUUCGCUUAGAAGCGCCCGUUUUGAACGCCAGAUUACGCCGCGCGAACGUCGCGGGUGGCGUAAAAAUGGCCACGUUAGGACAUCACGGCGACUUGACGUACCCAGUUGAAAACUUAGGCACGGAAGCGUCCAUCAUCAACGACUUGCUUUCCGGCAAACACGCGUUUAGCGAAACGUUGAAAAACGCGAAAAACCCGUGCGUCAUCGUCGGUUCCGCGGUGUUAAACAGACCGGAUUGCGCGCAGUUAUUGAAGAGUUUACACCAAUUGUCGGACCAAUUCGGUGUCGUUACCAACGAUUGGAACGGAUUUAACGUUCUGCAAGCGUCUGGAGGCACCACCGGCGCGUUAGACCUCGGUUUCGUCUCCUCGAAGAACAAACACAUUAGCGAAAACGACGGCUUGAAAGUCGUCUACAACUUAGGCUCGGAGACCAUCUCCUCGUACGACUCCGAACCGGGGAAGAAAUUCGUCAUCUACCAAGGCCACCACGGCGACGUCGGCGCGGCUGGUGCGGACGUUGUCCUCCCUGGCGCGGCGUACACGGAAAAAGACGCCACGUACGUCAACACCGAAGGAAGAGCGCAAAGGGCGUUAGCCUGUGUGGCGCCUCCGGGAUUAGCGAGAGCGGAUUGGAAAAUCUUACGAGCGGUUUCCGAAUUCGCCAUGGUUCCUUUGAAAUAUAACACCAUCGAGCAGUGCAGAGAGAGGUUGGCGGAAGUCUCCCCAACCUUCAACGCCAUCGAUGAAGUCGAACCGAGCUUAUGGUUAAACGGCGCCUCGUACGCGCAUUUAGCCGGAGGGACGCCCAACGUCGCCGCUAAAGGCGGAGCAGGUAAAAAAACCAGCGGUGCGACUGUUUUCGCCUCCGAACCGUUAACGACGAACGUCGAGAACUUCUACAUGACCGACGCGAUUACGCGAGCGAGCGCGACCAUGGCGAGAUGUUCCAAGGCUAAAGCGACUGGAUCCGCUUUUUAG